GAAUACGGAGUGAGGAGAGGACAGGAGCACUGGGAGUACUGGGACUGGACGGACACAGUGGACUGGACGGACCGGACCCAUGGAUGGACAGAACGGCAGCAGCAGCAUCUGCUCCCGGCCGCACGGCACCGGGACGGACGGCAAGAAGAAGAAGAAGGAGAAGGAGAAGGAAAUCCCCGACAGAGUGACUCUGAAGAAGGAGAUCGGGCUGCUGAGCGCCUGCACCAUCAUCAUAGGGAACAUCAUCGGCUCUGGGAUCUUCAUCUCUCCAAAGGGGGUCCUGGAGCACUCGGGGUCAGUGGGGGUGGCGUUGGUGGUUUGGGUCCUGGGAGGCUGCAUCGCGGCCUUGGGCUCCCUCUGCUACGCUGAGCUGGGUGUCACCAUCCCCAAAUCUGGAGGAGACUACUCCUACGUCACAGAGAUAUUUGGUGGUCUGAUGGGGUUUCUGCUGCUGUGGAGCGCCGUCCUCAUCAUGUACCCGACUACCCUGGCUGUCAUCGCCCUCACUUUCUCCAGCUACGUCCUGCAGCCCGUCUUCCCAAACUGUGUUCCUCCAUACAUGGCGAUGCGGAUGCUGUCCGCCACCUGUCUCUUGCUGCUGACCUGGGUGAACUGCUCCAGCGUUCGUAUGGCCACCAGGAUCCAGGACAUCUUCACGGUGGGGAAGCUGAUGGCUCUGGGCCUCAUCAUUGUGGUUGGCCUGGUGCAGAUCUGCAAUGGUAACAUCCUCGGUCUAAGGCCUAAAGCUUUACUGCUCCCUGAAGUUAAAAAACAAACCUUUAAAUGUCUGAUUUGUCUUCCAGGGAACUACGAGGCGCUGACUCCUCAGGUGGCCUUCUCCGUGGACAGCAUGCCGUCGGUCGGGCAGAUCGCGCUGGCCUUCCUGCAGGCCUCCUUCGCCUUCAGCGGCUGGAACUUCCUCAACUACGUCACGGAGGAAGUGGUUGAACCCAGACGGAAUCUACCUCGUGCCAUCUACAUCUCCAUCCCAUUGGUGACCUUUGUGUACACGCUCACCAACAUCGCCUACUUCUCCUCCAUGUCUCCCGAGGAGCUGCUGUCAUCCAAUGCCGUGGCAGUAACAUUUGGAGAGAAGUUGCUGGGAAUGUUCUCCGUCAUCAUGCCGAUCUCCGUGGCUCUGUCCACCUUCGGAGGAAUCAACGGCUACCUGUUCACCUCCUCCAGGUUGUGUUUCUCCGGAGCCAGAGAGGGUCACCUGCCCAGCCUGCUGGCCAUGAUCCAUUAUAAGAACUGCACACCUAUCCCUGCCCUGCUGGUCUGCUGCUCUGCCACCGUUGUUAUACUCUGCAUUGGAGAAACACACAACCUGAUCAACUACGUCUCCUUCAUCAACUAUCUGUCGUACGGCGUCACCAUCGCAGGCCUGCUGUACUACCGCUGGAAGAAACCCAACCUGUACCGACCCAUCAAGGUGAACCUGUUGGUUCCUGUGUGCUACCUGAUGUUCUGGGCGCUGCUGCUGGGUUUCAGUCUUUACUCAGAGCCGGUGGUUUGUGGCGUUGGUUUAGUCAUCAUGCUCACCGGGGUGCCCGUCUACUUCCUGGGCGUCCAUUGGAAAGAAAAGCCAAAGUGUAUCUACACCUUCAUUGAGAGGGCGACGUACGUGGGCCAGAGGUUGUGUUUCGUGGUCUUCCCUCAGUUUGACCCCAUCGAGAUCGCCGGUCCUUCAGAAUGUACUGACCGGUCAUCAGGCAGGAUCAGUUCGUCUGCCAAUUCUUAAAACUUCUUUUCAGAAUAUAUAAGAAGAUCUUUGUUUUUAUUCCGUUACUGAGUGAGUCCAGACGCUUCCUCCUGGAAUGGGAGCUUCCUGUCUGACCUUUGACCCUCCAAGACUCUGGUUUCCCUUCAGUCGAGUGGAACCGCCUGUUCUUCUGUGCGGGCUGCUUGCACUUUUUAUUUUCUUCUUUUUUCUACUAAGUCGUCAAGUACAACAACCUAAUGCCAACAGUGUGGCACAGUGAAAAAGGACUUUUAUUCCCAUUUUUAGACCCAUUUGUUUCUUUUUCUGUAACAUGACAGACCUCUGACCGACUGACAGUGCGCGGUUUUUAUUUCUUCUGAAUGUUGCUGGUGUUUUAUCGUGCCUUAUGGCCUUUUCACACCAAGUUCCGGACAAAUAUAUAGUCAUUAUUCUGAAAACAGAAUGAAAACAAACGCUAAUUAUUUCAGAAAAGAUCUGCAGUUGAGUGAAUGCCAAUCCUGCAUCCUCGUCUGCUGGAACAAGGGUUUGAAACAGCAUUUUAGGCAUGUGUAUCACUAAUGAUCAAUAACGUACAGCCACCGUCCUUAUAGAGCAGAGCUUCAGAUUCUGUUACUGUAACAUAAAUUACUUAAAAUCCCUGAACAAAAACUUAAAACAGGAUAAAUCAUAAUGAUUUUGGUGAUCCACUGACUUUUCCUCUAGCGCCACCGUGAGGUUAACAUUUGACAUUCCCAUCAGCCUCAUCUUUACUUUGCAUUUAGAACUAAUCAGCAAAUGUCAGCAUGCUAACAUGCUAAAUGAAGCUGGGUACACGGUAAACAUUAGACAUGCUAAACAUCAUCAUCACUGUCAUUGUGAGCAUGUUAGCAUUCAGCUCAAAGCACCGCUGUGCCAACGUACAGCCUCGCAGAGCUGCUAGCAUCGCUUUAAACCAUUUUAUUUAAAGAUAUAAUGUUAAAGAACACCUUUUCCCACAAGCCCAACAUCUUCGAGGUUAGUAGUUUGUAGUUUUGGUUUGCAGCUAACAAAUAACUUGCUCUAGUAGAUACUCAUUUAUCGUAGAAUAUGGACAGUAAACAGAACACGUUUCACUUUUUCAGAAACACCAGUAAAAGUUACUCUCAGUGAGAGAUUGCAUUGAGUUUCAGAAGCUAGUGGAGCGGCAUCCAAGCAGGAUGUUAACGUCAAGACUUCAACUCUCUCUACUCCAUCUUGUUUACUUUCAGUUUAGGGUCUCUUCUGAAUUUGUUUUAGACAGCAGAAUAUGGAUUUUGUUAUUACGCAGACUUUAAACCCACAUGAACAACACCGAAAUUGAAAUGGUUCUGAAUAAAAAUGCACCAUUUUUAUCCAUGUCACGUCAUGGAUUUGAAUUUAUUCUGGGGGGUUUUAUUAGGGAGUUUCUUGGAAAUGUCAGACUUGGUGUGGAAAGGUCUUCAACUGGGGAAAUAUGUGUAUAUUCAAAUGUUGUUUAUUAACUGAUUCGCUAUAUUAGAUUUUAAUAUAUUUUGUGAGUGCCAUUGUGUAUUGCAUUCGAUUAUUUGUAGAAGCACUUUGGUUUCCCUGCCGUUCAGUAUGAACUCUUUUCCUCUCAUUUGUACAAACCAGAUGGUGUUAUAUCCUGGAGAUCAGAAGCAAGCUCGAAUUUAUUAAUCUCUUGUUAACAAAAUUGUAAAUUUUACUUACUGCUGGGCUCCCAUCGACCCACAUCAACCUGGUUUGUUGAACUGAUUAACUGACUUUCACUGUGAUUGUACUCAGAUAUAGAAAUGCAGCAAAGUAAGAUUUUAAAAUGCUGUUGUGGCAGCUUUUGUUAUGUUUAUUAUGUGUGACUGCGACAGAAUUGUCCCUUUUUACAAAUAUAUCUCCAUGUAGUUCUA